AAACAUGUAGCUAGAUAGACGAUUCCUUUUAUUGAAACAUUUUUCUUCUUAAAAAAAAUUCCGUUCUUUUGACUUUACAUAACAUUGGCUCUUACUCAUGGGUGUGUGUGUGUGUGUGUGUGUGUGUGUGUGUGUGUGUGUGUGUGUGUGUGUGUGUGUGUGUGCAGGGCCGAGCCAGACGGCAUAAAUAUUGCAGGAAGGGAAGAGGGGAAAGUGGUAAAUUUAGGUUCUCUGGCUCUAUAGAUCUAAAAGAGCUUAAGGAUAGCACAUACCAUUUGAACAGAUGACCUGAGGGUUUGUAUCCCAGCAGCACUUAAGGAGCUGCUGACGUGCUAGAGCCUAUUAAUCAUUCACCAGCCCCAGAGCCGCGCCAAUUAAUCUUCCGCGGCUUGGUCCGUCAGCCAGCCUUCUUUUCUCACCCCCAAGCUAUUCUGUUCCCCCGAGCCCCCGAAAAUAAAGCAGCAGAGCACAGACAAGACUCCAGCAAUGCGUUGCACCUCCAGCCAGAGCCUGAACAGCAUUCCUAGCCGCAGUCUCUCGCACCCGGACCCUUCUCUACUGCGGUAAUCUGAAAGAGGUGAGGACUGGGAAGUGGGAGCACUCAAAGAGCAACGGGACCGGCUACCUAGGGGCUAAGGGAAGGACCAGAGCAGAAGAGCACAGCCCAGAGUCCACCUGCAGCGCAGGCCAGAAUGUUUCUUAACGAUACUGCUUCGUUUCCUUCCUCCUCCUCUAGCAGCAGCCCCAGCAUUAGCAGCGGCGGCUCAGGCCCAGGGUCCAUAGCUCCUGAGGGCACAGAGGAGCCAGGGCGCAACGCUAGUCAGAAUGGGACCUUGAGCGAGGGGCAAGGGAGCGCCAUCCUCAUAUCCUUUAUCUAUUCCGUGGUUUGUGUCGUGGGGCUCUGCGGCAACUCCAUGGUUAUCUAUGUGAUCCUGCGUUAUGCCAAAAUGAAGACGGCCACCAAUAUCUACAUUCUUAACUUGGCCAUCGCAGAUGAGCUGCUCAUGCUGAGUGUCCCCUUCCUAGUCACCUCCACUUUGCUGCACCACUGGCCCUUCGGCGCACUGCUCUGCCGCCUGGUGCUCAGUGUGGACGCAGUCAACAUGUUCACUAGUAUCUACUGCCUUACAGUGCUCAGCGUAGACCGCUAUGUGGCUGUGGUGCACCCCAUCAAGGCUGCCCGCUACCGUCGGCCCACCGUUGCCAAGGUGGUAAAUCUGGGAGUAUGGGUGCUCUCACUAGUGGUCAUCCUGCCUAUCAUAGUCUUCUCCCGCACUGCUGCCAAUAGCGAUGGCACGGUGGCCUGCAAUAUGCUUAUGCCAGAGCCAGCUCAGAGCUGGCUUGUAGGUUUCGUCCUGUAUACUUUCCUUAUGGGUUUUCUCCUCCCAGUCGGGGCCAUCUGUUUGUGUUAUGUGCUCAUCAUUGCCAAGAUUCGCAUGGUAGCCCUCAAAGCCGGCUGGCAACAACGCAAGCGCUCAGAGCGUAAAAUCACCCUAAUGGUGAUGAUGGUAGUUAUGGUCUUUGUUAUUUGCUGGAUGCCCUUCUAUGUGGUGCAAUUGGUUAAUGUCUUUGCUGAACAGGACGAUGCUACUGUGAGCCAACUUUCAGUCAUCCUGGGCUAUGCUAACAGUUGUGCCAACCCUAUCCUCUACGGCUUCCUCUCAGACAACUUCAAGCGCUCGUUCCAGCGCAUCCUCUGCCUUAGCUGGAUGGAAAACACAGAGGAACCGCUUGACUACUACGCCACUGCCCUCAAAAGUCGAGGAUACAGUGUGGAGGACUACCAACCGGACAACGUGGAGUCCAGAGGAGUCUAUGGCAACGGAACCUGUACCUCCAGGAUUAGCACCCUUUAAAGGGUUGUUGGGGCAGUAGUGCUGUGGCCCAGGGAUGGGAGGGGGGGGGGGAGGGCUGUUCGAAUGGAGAGAAGGGGAUUUCACAAGACUGGGACAAUUCGAUAAAGCAGGAGACAGGGCUCAGGUCGAAUAGAGGCGGGGAAAGACAAACCAGAAAAUAGGAUAAGGGAAUCAAAGGGAAAGAUGGGUGUACUGUGGUUUUGAAAGAAUGAAAUAAGCUGAACCGAGGGGAGGCAAUGAAACCUGGAUUGGGUCCUAAGCUUCUUCGAAUCUUCUUCCUUUCUAAAGAAUUCCUACCAUCUCCCUCCCUACCUUUGUAACCCCUCUCAAAAUUUAUCUCUGCCUUGUUCUGUCAGCCUUUAGCUGAUAAUUAUUGUUACCUUAUUUAAUCUAAGUGAAACUUCAGUCCCUCUGUUCAACUUCACCUCUUUGUCAAGCAAGGGGAGCAGGCAAUUUCCAUAGUUAACACUGUUUUUCUUUUCUUUUCCUUUUUUUUUUUUACUUUCCAUCUUAUGAACCUGCCCUCCUCUACAUCCCUUACAUCCCCGGUUCACCUGGGCAGGGGCAUAUAGCUAGACUUAAGACUCUCAUCCUCUGCUUCCACAUUACAAACACUAGUACAGAUACCUGUCAUGAAGACGGAGGGACACUGGAAGACCCUCAGAAAAAGUCUUCCCUUCCUUUCAUUUACCACUUAGGGACUCUGUGGGAAAAUACAGGCAUAAUGGAGGACCUUUAACCCAAGAUCAAGAUUAUAGAUGGACAGCAAAUCUACCCUCCCAAACAAGAGAGGAAAACUCUUUCCUGAAAAAAUACUAGGAGAAAUUGUUCACUUCCAGUCCUACAUUAACAUUGUACCAGCAUUACCUUAGUCAUCUAGGAGCCUAAGAUCCCAAUAGUUGAGGUAAUUCUCUCCUUUUUCUUCUACAUUUCCACAUUUCUUUUUUUUUCUGUUAUUCCAUUCAGCUAACAUCACAGACUAAGAAAACUAUGACAGAGGCAAUCCAGAGUAAAAACAGAUUCAAUUUUAUGGGUUUCUGGAUUUUAGGCUGCUGAUAAUCUCCAUCACCUUUUUCAACAUUACCUGCCAGUGUCCACUUCUAAAAUCCAACUAUGUGAUUUAAGUAAUUAAGUAAGGUCAGUCGACCUGUGGGAUACCAAGAGGGGCCAAACCAGAGCAGAUAAAAGGUUUUCUCAAAACUGAAACUGGCUUACUAGGGCUGCUCUAAUAUUUACCUAUUUCCCUUCCUCCAUGCCCCAUAUCAUGCCCUGUCUCACACAUCAGAAUACCUGCAGCUUAACUUUUAAGGGUUGCUGUUUUUAUAACUAUGCCUAAAGAGUCCUCCUACCUUAACUGAAGGUAUGUGUGUGCAUUAAUUAACUCAUUUACUUAUUCAUCCAUUUACUCAUAGAUUAUAUUUGAAAAUUAUCUUUCCUCCUACUCUUCUCAGUCUAAAUACAAGUUCUUUGAUUUGUAUUCAAGAGAGAAUCUGGUAAAUAGAAAAUGAUUUACUCUAGAAAGCUUCUCAUAUCCUUCACUCUUGCAGGGUCUUCUUUUCUCCCCUUUCCUGUCACAUUUCCUUCCUUUCUCUUUCCAUUUUCUUUGUGUGCCUAGUAAACUGAUGUUUUUAUACUUAUUAUUGUCUCCUGUUUGUAAUAUAACAAAUUAUAUUAACAACAAUCAGGACCCUGCAAUGUACAAUGAUAGGUCCCAGUUAUUCCCACAUUUUGCAUAAUACUAUGCCACAUUUGGGCAGAUUUAAAUAUAUAAACACAUUUUUCCUAUGUCAAUGAAAAAUGCCAAAUACAGCUAACAGGAAACCUAGUUAGUGAACCUUUUCUGGAACAUACCACUCAAAAAGAUUCAAGCUAAAAGCUCAGAAGCAUGUGUACUUUAGCUCACUACAUACAAUAGGACUAAGGAGCAUCUAACACUAUAUGUCCUGAGUUCUGAUUUAGUUCAAGCAGAAAUUAUCCAAUCAUGAAGUCCUCUUACCUCUUUGGAGAAUAUGGGAAGAAUAGUUUCUGUACAUUUCAUAUCUACCUAAAUGAAUUGGAGCUGUAAUAACUCAAUCUAGCAUUAUGUAAAUCUAGUUUAAUUAGAGGUAAGAUGGAGUCUUGUUACAAAGUCAAAAUGAUUAGAAAUUCCCAGCUACAAAUCAUUUUUGAAAGUUGGCAAGUAUAAAUAUUAAAUAAAAAGGCAGAUAAAAUGCUCUCAUGUUCUUCCUUUGAUAACAGAUGAAACAAAACAAAGUCUAGACACUAUGUAAAAAAAUUUUUUGAUGCUUUAAGAAGUUUUCUUUAGCAAAAAGAUUUGCUUUUAAAAUAGCAACUAACUAAAAUUUUUCUUUUAAAAGUAAUUAAGUGUUGCUUUGGGGUGUGAUUAAAAUUAAAAUUUACCCCAAAUGUCUUUGUUAAAUAGAAUAGAAUUGUUAGAUCAGUGAAGUUUACAUUUUUAAAAAUCUUGUUCAUAAUUACAUUAAAGUACCAAUUUAGUCCUCUUAUUUUGCCAUUCUAGUCAUCAUGGCUGUGAUUGUCAUAUACAAAUGUUACUGUAUAUUAUUGUAUACAAUACAAAAUAUAUGUUAUUGUAUACAAAUCUGUUUACAUGUUGUAUAUCCCCAGUAAAUAUAAGCUCUUUGAGGUCAAGGACUGUUUUAGUCUUUGUAUUCCCAGUGCCUAGCACAGUGCCUUGUAUAUAGUAGGUAUUUAAUAAAUGUUUGUUGGAUUGGAUAUUUAUAAUUUUACAAUAUUCAUUUUAUUGCUAUAAUCAACCAUGGGAAGCAUGUACCCCAUAGGCAAUGGAAAUUUUCUUGGAUUUUAAUCAGAUGAGUUUGGAUUAUUGCUAGAAAUAUACUCUUAUUACUUUGCCAUUAGAAAAAGUCUUUUAAAGUUUCUAAAAAUUAUUGAAUGUUUAUUCAUUUAAGAGAUUUACUUUUUUAUUUCUGCAUUCUUAUUCCCUUAUGUUAUUACCAAAUUAACUAAGUGUUCAACCCCACUGGCUGUGCCUUACACACUAAAUUAGAGAUCAAACAUCUAAUGAUAGACCUUGUUGUGUAACUGCUGAUUCACAUACACAGGUAAAAAGGGGAAAAGAUUGUGGGAGAAAAGCAACUGUCUACUGCUUUAUAAAGAUAUCUCAGGAUAGGUAUAAGUACCCCUAUUUUUUUUUCAUUUUUAAAAUUUCCUUUUAAAGAUACUCUUAUAGUUCAAAGUAUUUUCUAGCUUUGUCCUAGCAUACACUUAUUUACCUAAAAGUUAUUUCUAUGACUUCAUCCCAUCAUCACUUUGAAUCCAGAACAGGUAAAUUUCUGAUUGAAUGGUUAUGGCCUAAGUGAGACAAUGUUCUCCUAAUCUACUGUUGAAGAUAUGAGAGAAAAUGUAAAAUGCCUUUUAAAUAAUGAUUAGCAAUUUAAGUUUUAUUUUUGCUCAGAAUUUCACAUAAAUACUUUUUUCACUAGGUGGUGAAGGUGAUGAGAUUGAUAAAUAAUGAAAUUAUUUGGCUGGGAUUUUGAUGAUUAAUUUACCCAAAAAAUCUAAUGAAUCUUAUUUGAUUCAGAAUAGAGCUGGAGUAGACUAAAAUGAAUAUUGUGUGCCCAUUUAAUUGUGAGACUUUAUAAAUGUACAAUAUGCCUAUGGCAUUACUGAAUAUUAUAUGGUCUCCCACUAAACAAGACACACUUGUAAUUAAAGACAACAUUUUAUUUUUAUUCACAUGAGUAUCUUAGACUGCUUUAAUGCUAGCAUUUAUGUAGUACUUGAAGAUUUAUUUACAAUAUAUGCUUUACACAUAUUACCUCAUGUGAUCCUCAAAACAACCUUGUAAGGUACAUGCUACUAUUGUCUUCCUUUUGUUGAUCAGUAAACAAAGACUGAAAGAGAUUAUAUGACAUACAGCUAGUAAGAACAUGAGGAGAGAAAUAAAUUCACAUCUUCCUGACUGCAAGUCCCUCAUACUUUCCACGGCACCAUUUAGCUGCCUCAAAUUCUAGCCUAUUGGACUUUAAAGGAAACUAUAAAUUCACAUUGAGGGUAAUUCCUCAAUGACCAUACAAUCACACAAUUUAAGAAUUGAAAGGAACCUAUCCAGACAUCUAGAUCAGUUAAUACCUGAAAAAAAGCAACCUCUCUCCAACAUACCUGACAAGUGGAGAUCCAAACUUCUAAUUAUUCCACCGAGGGCCAAACAGAAUAAAUCAAAUUCUCCUUCAAUGACAGCCUUUAAUUAAUACUGUGGUAAUUCAAUAAUUUGUCAUAUUUUGGGCCAUUUAAUAUCAGCAUGCUCUGAAAGGUGCUUUAAAAAAAAAACUAAUUUAAAGACAUGGCACAGCCUCUGACUUCUAGAAUUCCAAAGCAGGAAUAAAAAGAGUUCCUCCCUUUAAUCAGAUUAGUAUUUCUUCACUAAAUCAAUAAACAUGGUUUCAGACUAAUGAAGUCGGGAUAUUGGGAUAUGGUAUGACUAUCCAUGUGAGCUCUCUAUGAGUUAAAUUCUGUUGAAAAGAAUAUAUCAGACACUUCCAGUCAAGACAGUUGCCUAGUUUUAACUGCAGCAAAAACCUAAAAUUCUCUCUAGAUCUAGUAAUGAUCAAGAAAUCUGAUGAAAAUGGAAAUUAAUUUCUUCAACCCUAGAAUCUGGCAAAAAUUUAGCCAGAAAUCCAAGAACAAAAGAGGGCAGUGCCAGCAAAGGCAAGCAAGCUAGUAACAUCCAGUAAUAGAGAUGGGCCAGAGACAUGUAGAACUUGCAAGGCUCCAUGUUCAUCAGAACAGGGGGAUCCCAUGAAAAAGUCACAAGGUAGAAAACAUCUGAUUCCUAGAAGCCCCAGGAGUAAUAACAAGUGCCAUGAAUCAGCACUCAACCCAGACAUGCCAAAGAAUAUAGGGCAGUGAUGGGCAACCUUUUGAGCUUGGUGUGUCAAAAUUCACCAAAAAGCUGAGCAUAACUCUGAUGGUGUGUCACUUGGAGGAAAAAAAAAUCCUUCUCAGCAUGCAGCCCCAUACUUCUCUGUAUGCAGCAGUCAUUGAAAAUGGCUACGCAUGUCAGUGCUGACACAUGUGUCAUAGGUUCACCAUCACAGAUCUAGGGAAUCUCAGAUGCCUAGUACUCUGCCUUGUGAUACAAUUGAGUGCUCUGAAACCCAAAGAUCCUGGGCCUAACCUUAGGAUGUAGAGAUUAGUGUAGGAACUCAGAAGAUCCAAGGUAAGACCAAGUAAAACUGACCACUCCAACCUAGAGUACAAUAGCAAGAAGUGUCUAGUCCUGGCACCAAGCUCCAGUUCAGAAACUAAGCCUAGAGAUGGAAAUAUACCAAAGAAAAUACCAACCAUUAUGAAAAUUAUUAUAAGUUUAAAGAUCCCCAUGAAGAAGAAAAUAAUUCUAUAAAAUCUUCUUAUCUAUAGAAAAAUAUGCUUAACAAUCAAUAGAAAACUAUUAAGUACUUGCUUUGUGACAGUCACUAUGAUAGACAUUGAGUAUAUAAAGACAAAAAUGAGACUGUCCCUGCUUCCAAAGGGUUCUCCAAAACACUACAGACAAACUAAGCAAGGAAUGCCUGAAUAAACUGUGGCAUGUGAAUUAAAUGGGAAUAUUAUUUUGCUGUAAGAAAUAAUGAAUAUGAAGAAUACAGAGGAACAUGGGAUAAGCAGCACUAUGAUAUAGAGUAAAAGCAAAACCAAGAGAAUAAUAUAUACACUGAUAACAACUACAUGAUUUAACUGGUCAGCAACAGCAACUGAUUUGUGUUAUUCACAGUAAAAAGGACCAAGAAAUAAAGGAUGAUGUGGACACUACUAUUUUAAAGUUAAUGGACAAAACUUUAAAGGCAAAAUUAUUGGUUGGUAAAUAAUGCAGUUUGUGAAUACAUGACCAUUUAGAUCUAUUCUUUAUUAUUAGUUGGUUUCAACUUUCAUGCUUGGUUUUCUCAUUUUCUUUUUUCUGGCCUUUAUUUCUGAAUUGGAAUAUUUUAAAGGAAACAAUAAAUAUUUCACAUAAGAAGGUAUAUUAAUAAAGAGGAAAAUAAAAAUCUUACAAAAUGA